UGUUCCGAGCAGUACAGAUAAAUAGUCCUGUCAAAAGGCGCAGCUCGCGGUCGUGCAGAAGGAGCCUGGGCCCAGCGCUCAGUUUUGGGCCCACGCUCUCUGGAGUUAGCGGCAGGGCUCACUCCCGCGGCUCCGAGCUGCGGGACCCUGGUCUCCAGUCCUCCUCAGACCUUGGUUCGGCCCCCCGCCUCCGCUAAAGAGCCGAAGGCGGAGGCCGGGAGACUGGCCUGGGGAAGGAAGGAACUCGGGAGUGGGCGUGAGGGACGCAGGGAUGUCCACGGGUUCGGUGAGCGACCCGGAGGACAUGGAGUUGCGGGAGCUGCAACUGGGGUACCAGGUCCCCGCCUCUAAGAGGCCGCCCCUCCGCGGCGCAGAGCGCAGCUACAUAUCACCCAGUGACAACUCCUCGGCGGAGGAGGAAGACCCCGACGGCGAGGAGGAGCAGUGCGCUCUGGACGCGGCGGGCGGUGCGGGAGGCUGUAAGAGAAAACGGCCUCGAGUAGGUGGGGGCGGCAGCGGCAAGAAGCCCCUCCCGCCCAAGGGCUCUGCGGCCGAGUGCAAACAGUCGCAGAGGAACGCAGCCAACGCCCGAGAGCGCGCCCGAAUGCGCGUGCUGAGUAAAGCCUUCUCAAGGCUCAAGACCAGCCUGCCCUGGGUGCCUCCCGACACCAAGCUUUCUAAACUGGACACGCUCCGACUGGCUUCCAGCUACAUCGCCCACCUGCGGCAGCUACUGCAAGAGGACCGCUACGAGAACGGCUACGUUCACCCGGUGAACCUGACGUGGCCGUUCGUUGUCUCGGGACGACCCGACUCUGACACCAAAGAAGUUGCCGCUGCCAGCAGACUCUGUGGGACCACGGCUUAGAUCGAACUUGAACUGAACUCACUUAUUCGGAUUACUGGUUAAACCCGUGUUUAGGGGUCACAGAGAGAAGGGAGACUGCGUGCGCACCCCCGGAGAAUGCGAAGAAAGUUCCAUUGGGUUCUCCUAGACAGCCCGCCACCCCGAAAUCCAACAGGACACUUGGCGGGCGUAGGGAGCAGAGCCGGACGGUCGGCGGGCGUGGCUGUCGCAGCUGGGCACCCGUGGACCCCGGCUGCCGCGGAUCAGGGCGAGGACACUCCGCUUCUCCAGAACCAGCCUGCGGUCUAGUGAGCGCGGACCGAUAACCCCCACGCUGCCUUCGGAGCCCGGCGCCAAAUCACCUUGGGCGAGCUACCCAGGUGAACCAGAGAUCAGGGCAGGACAGGAGAAGGCCUGGCUCUGCAUAGCGCGCGCCUUUACGGUUGCACCGUUAGGACGCUGUCUCCGUGACAAUCGGCUGCAAAGACACAAGUCUUCACGUGAAAACCCAUAACGGACAGGCUUUUAAGCUGCGAAGAGAGGAGACUGAUACCUGGAUGGGGCUGGUAUCCCACAAGGCAGCGCGGUGACCCUGUCUCCAGGCGGACAGAGGUGAGGGCUCCCUGGCAGCACUGGAAGCGGUGGUGGCGCGCAGUCCGAAACCACCUGAGCCGGGUUUGCUGUAAGCGCUCACCGCCGUCCGGCCUCUCUGUUGCGGGCAGACCCCUCACGGCUGCAGACUCCCACCUCUUCCUGACCAGGCUUCCGUCUCCCCCAGCCCCUCCUAGGUGUGAUCCACCCUCCGUCCCACCUUCCCAAGCUAGGGUCUCCUUCCUCUCCUCCCUCCUCCCACACCUCCUUGCAGAGUUCCUUCCAACUCCUGACUGUCCCCACCUGCCCUCAACUACCACCACCUACACCCCCAGCACUGGUCGCUCUUCCUGCACACGGUCUCCCUCGCCCGCGUUCUUCCUUGCUCUGGACCGCUGAGCCUAGUUCGGUACAUGGUGACCCUGCUGAGGAGGAACAAACCGCUGCUGGAGGUUGCGCUACCACAGUUAAUUAGCAAAUGUAAAUAAACUUAUUUUUUUAUGAAUAAUAAAACCCAUUGUGAAAAGCGAGUGCA